GAAGAACCUGCUCUUCACCGAUUGGACGGGGAGUAUCGUGCCAUGAUCUCACUCCUCCGCUCCAAACUGGACUCCCGCGUCAUUCCCACCAUCCCCAAACUCGACAGGCGCUACUUUGAGGAUGACACUGGAAGAAACACGUCACCAAUGUCUCAAGAGACUCCCACAACCUCCACACCUACAGCUAAGCCGCCCCUUCCAACACCAUCCAUUUCAGGAAUUAUGGACCAGCUAGCAGGGGGCCUGCCAUCAAUCCCAUCCCCAACAUUCCUGCUGGAGGUUUCCCCAUCAGUGGACUCCUCUGUGCCCAGAGAGUCUGAGUCUGGCAGCCCAGAAGGGGAGCUUCUGUUUGCCCAGCUGACCGGCUCACCACUGCCCCCUAUUGGCCUUCUGCAUUCACAACCCAGACCAGGAGAGGAAGGAUGGAGCUCAGACCUGACAAAGAGCACCUCCACCCAGCUGCCCAGAGGCGCUCCUGCCUACUCAACAACAGAGACAAACCGCCGAAGAAGAAGAGGUCUGUACAAGAGACAAACACCAGGGAUAAAUGACAAAGCAUGCCCCGGGGUAGCUGAAACAGUGCAGCACGUCACGGUAACCAAGGAGACGUAUGGCUGGGUGCUGGGCAUCCCCUCCAAGAAUCUCAACAUGAAUUUCCAGGAGGUGCUGGUUGACCUCACGUCCAAGAAUGAGAAGGGGCUGUACGAGGCUCGGAUCAGGGCCACUGUGGGUGGACGACCUUUGACCUUUUACAGCCUGGUGGGGCUGGAGAACGAGUCAUUCUACCGCAGCAUGCCACGGAUCAUCGCACUGGCCCUUGAUGCUCUCAAAACGUAGAAACAAACAAAUGAGAUUACUAUGACAGUUGAGAGAUUUUCUCUCUGAACUUUUGGGAUUCAAUGUGUGUGUGUGUGUGUGUGUUUGUGUGUUUGUGUUUGUGUGUGCUGGGAGUGCUUGAUGAAGGUGC